AUGGAGCAACAGCAACAGCAACAGCAUAUGAUAUAUAAUAGUCAAUAUGAUAAUAAUAAUAAUAAUGGCUUAUCUCCUCAGGUAUACGCAAUGCCUGACGAUAUAAAUAAUUAUCAUCAAAAUCAUCAACUUCAUCAACAACAAAUUCACCACCAACAAAUGAUGAUGCAGCAGCAACAACAACAACAACAACAACAACAUCAACAAUCUCAUUAUCAACAACAAUAUCAACAACCAUAUUCACCACAACAACAGCAACAACCAUAUUCACCACAACAACCAUAUUCGCCACAACAACAACAGCAACAACCAUAUUCACCACAACAACAACAACAACCAUAUUCACCACAACAACCUUAUUCUCCUCACCAACAACAACCAUUUUCGCCAUCUCAACAACCAUUUUCCCCACCACCAACACAUACCCACAUUCAACAACAUCCAUUUUCGCCACAACAACACCACCAUCAACAACACCACAUACAAGAUGUAAAUGUAAAUGAAUAUUUGGCUAGUCCAAAUAUUAGUUAUAAUAACAAUAAUAUAAAUUGUUGUGGUGAUUCAAAUAGUCACCCAAUGUCGCCAUCACAACAUCAUACAAAUAUGCCAACUGUAAUGUACUACAAUAGUAAUAGUAAUAAUAAUAAUAAUAAUAAUAAUAAUAAUAAUAAUAAUAAUAAUAAUAAUAAUAAUAAUAAUAAUAAUAAUAAUAAUAAUAAUAAUAAUAAUAAUAAUAAUAAUAAUAAUAAUAAUAAUAAUAAUAGUAAUAGUAAUAGUAAUAGUAAUAAUAGCGGAAACAAUAACAAUAAUUGUAAUAAUAGCAAUGGUAAUAUUCAAUAUCAACAACAACAACAACAACAACAACAACAACAACAACAACAACAACAACAACAACAACAACAACAACAAUAUUAUCAAAUUAACCCGCGUUUAACUCCUCCACCCCAACAACCAAGAUCACCUAUUCAACAACAACAAUUUAUACCAAUUACUCACUCAUCAUCUCCAUCCCAACAAAUACCACAUAUUAGUAAUAGCCCACCAUCACCAUAUCAAAUAACUUCAUAUAAUAAUAAUAAUAAUAAUAAUAAUAAUAAUAAUAAUAAUAAUAAUAAUAAUAAUAAUAAUAAUAAUAAUAAUAAUAAUAAUAAUAAUAAUAAUAAUAAUAAUAAUAAUAAUAAUAAUAAUAAUAAUAAUAAUAAUAAUAGUAAUAGUAAUAAUAAUAGUAGUAUGGGCAACAUCUCAGAGGAAUUAAAUCUGAUAUAUGCUAAUAAAUCUUCAACUCCAACCAAUAUGCCAGUGGUAAUAAAUAAUUUGGGUAAUAAUAACAAUAAUAAUAACAAUAAUAUAGGAACACAAUCAAUAUCAUCUUCAUCCACGCCACUAAUUCAAUCAAGAAAAAGAUCAAUUUGCGAACCACCAUCAAAUGAUUUGUUAAUAAAUGUUUCAAUGCAAAAUACUUCAUCAACAACAUCAUCAGUGACAAUACCAUCACCACUAUCAUCAUUUGAAAUUCCAUUUGAAAAGCAAAUUGAGUCUCAAGUUUUAUCAUCAUUUGAGAGUUUUAAUAAUAGUAAUAAUAAUAAUAAUAAUAAUAAUAAUAAUAAUAAUAAUAAUAAUAAUAAUAAUAAUAAUAAUAACAAUAGUAAUAAUACAAAUACAAAUAAUAAUAAUAAUAGUUUAAGAAAAGAUAUAUUACUUCAAAUUUCAGAUACACAAGAGGUUUUAUAUAGAUCAUUACUUAAAGAAAAUAUACCAAAAAUGAAUUCUGGUCAAUUGGAUCAAACUAAAUUUUUAUAUGAUCUUUAUUUCAUGUUAGAGAAAUGUUGUAAUCAUCCAAAUCUAUUAAAUAAUCAAAAUAAUAGUAUAGCAAAUUCAUCUUCAAAAUUUUUAGCUACAAAUUAUUUAAUUCAGAAUAUUAUUAAACAACAUCAACAGCAACAACAACAACGUCAAGUUAUUAUUUUAUUAUCUUCUUCAAUUCAAUUAUUUACUUUAUUAGAAGAAUUUUUAAAAUUAAAAUCAUUAAAUUAUUUUAAAAUUAAUGAUUUACUUGAUAGUGCAACAAGUAGAAAUAUAACAAGUUCACCAGUAAUUAUUUUAUCAAGUUUUGUUGAAUUUAUAAAUUUUGAUACAAAGAUUCUUACAAAUUUAGGAGGUGGAAAUGAAUGGUCAUCAUCAUCAUCAUCAUCUUCAUCGUCAUCAUCAUCAUCACCAUCAUCAUCACCAACUACAUCAUCGACACCACCAUCAUCACCACCACCAAUUCCAACCAAUUUAAAUUCAAUUAAUCAAUUCAAUGUAAUUGAAUUUGAAUAUUAUUGGAAUUUAGAUUUAUCAAAGGAAAUCAAUAUUAAUAAUUCAAUAACAUUGAAAUUAAAGAUCGAAUCAUUAUUAUCAUUAUCAUCAUCAUCAUCAUCGUCAUCACCAUCAACAAUUAGAAAGUUUAGAUUAUUAACAGCAGGUACAGUUGAAGAAUGGUUAUUCAUUAGAAACCAAAAGAUUGAUUUCAAUUGUAUAAGUAAUACAAAUUCAUCAAACCUAAUGAUAGAAUCUGCUGAAAAAACUUUAUUUGAAAAGUCUAAAAAGGAUGAAAUGGUUGAAAUGAUGAAAUUUUGUAUUGUCAAAAUGUCCAAUUAUAAAAAAAAUAUACUUCAAACUUCAACUUCCUCCUCUUCCUCCUCCUCAACUACUACUACCACCGCUGCUGGUGGUGGUGCAAUUUCACCAACUACAAGUAGUGGAAGUAGUAGUCCAUUACUAUUUAGUCAAUUUCAAACAAAAGCAAAUUUAAUUCAAUCAAUGUCAAUUUUAAAUUCAAAAUCAACUUCAUUCGAUGGUAGCACAAAUUUAUUAGGAAAUAAUAAUAAUAAUAAUUCUAAUAAUAAUUUAUGGAAAACUAGUAGUUUAAAUGGUGUUAAAUCAUUUUCAUUAACUAGUGGUGGUAGUGAUUCAUCAAAUCCUUCACCAUUAUCUUCAUCACCAUCUGGUAGUGAUCCAAUAUCAAUGUUGAAAACAGCUGAAGAUUUAAAGAAAAAGAAUAGAUCACCAAAAAAACAUAAGACUUUGUUGGAUAGAAAUUGUUUUUCUUGUAAGAAAGAAGAGGAUUCUAAAGGUCGCACAUCAAUGGUUCAAUGUAGAUCAUGCCCAAAGAUCUAUCAUAGAUCAUGUGCUGGUUUAGCUCAUACACCAAGAAGUUGGAAAUGUUCAAGACAUGCUUGUCAUCAAUGUAAAAAGACACCAAACGAAUCUGGUGGUAGUUUCUUCAUUUGUAAAGGUUGUCCAUCCUCUUUUUGUAUCACAUGUUUACCAAAUGAUGUUAAAAUUUUAGAUAAAACAGAAUAUGCUGAAUUUAGACAUAAUCAAUUACCACCACCACCUCCACUACCACCACAACCACAACCUUCAACAACAACAACAACAACAACAACAACAACAACUGAAAAUCAUCUUUUAUUAAAUCCAAAUAAUAGUCAUUUGGUUGAUGAUGUUACUCAUCGUGGUAGUGGUAGUUGCUUAACUAUUUCUUCAUCAAAACCAAAUGGUCCAACUCCAAUCUCUGCUUCUUCAUCAUCUUCAUCACCAGCUCUUUUGGAAACUUCUCAUCUUCUCCUUCAACAACAACACCAAUUCCCUGUUAAAAAACAAAAAAUUCAAAGACCAACAGUAUUUAUUCUUUGUGGAGUUUGUGUGAAAUUAGAACAACAAAAUCCAGGUUCAACUUCAUCGCCCCAUACUUUAAAUACAACAUCACAACAUCAAAUUACCACCACCACCAAUACUACUACUACAACCACCACCACAACAAAUAAUUCACCAAAUAAUAACAAUAAUAGUUCUCUAUCAACUAAUAGUACACCAAAUCAAAUUCAAGGUUCAAAUACAACUCCAACCCUUGAAAAACUAUCAUCAUUAAAUUUAGCUUUGAGCCCAAUUCAAAAUACCUCACCAUUAGACAGUGCUCCAAGUUCAAAUGAGUCUCCAUGUGCUCAAUCACUUCCAAAUACACCUUCCUUUUAUUUAUCUGAUACAACAUCAGAAUAUAUUAAUUAA